UCCGUAAGGAAAGAGGAAGGGCAGUGUGGCUCCCUCUCGUUCUUCAACGUGGGCUCUGGGCACCGACUGAUUUCCUUGCCAUGUUGGGUCUCCGCGUGGCCUCCUUUCUUGGCCGCCUUCUCAGAAGAGCAGCAGCGGCACAGCCUUUCCGCGCCCAGGCAUCUUUGAAGAAAUGCUACCCAAGAAAAAUGCAGCGCUUCUGUCUGGGGCUUGAAAGUUACGGCUUGGAAAGCAUGUUAUGAACUAACGCCAGAGAUGAGCAGUGGUGCGUGAUGCUAUGAAAAAUGCACUGUCGGUUCCUAAAUGAAACAGAUCAUGAUAUUUUACCAUGGACUGCUUACAUGCACAUCUUUUGCUGUGCUUCUACUCAUUGAUUAGCAUGGUAGUUUCUAAAUUGUGUUAGAAAUCUUGCAUUUCCUUGGAAGAUAUCAGUGCUUUUCCCGUUGAAAAAUUAGUAAAGGUAGAAAACAUUCCUGAAAGACAGUGUCACAAAUGUCAAUAUUCUCUGCCCUGUAUAGCCAGAAUAUUGUUAUUUAUUAUUUAUUCAGGCUUCUAUGCCACUUCAGUCCAAAGAAUAUUGGACGUAUGCAUAUUUUAUAAAAUCAAAUCAAAUGUAGAUUCUCGUGUAAAUUGAUGUAGAAAGAAUUUCUGUUUAUAGGAUACGUGAAAUGUAUUGAUUUUGUUGUUGAUAAUUGUCUAACUUCAUAAAAUGUUAAAUUGUAAUAUAGUUUGAUUUGGGUUUACCAAACUAUUAUAGUCUGCAAUCCAUAGUUUAUGGAUACCAUAAUGUACAGUAUAUAAUGGCAUCAUGGAACAUCAUGACAAGGAGAUAGUGCUGUGAAUCACAUUAACUCUGCACAUAUAACAUAGCUGAGUAAUUCUCAGCCAGUCACUCAGUUACUUAGCCGAGACAAAAUGUGUUUUACUUAGCAAGCUUUGUGUUGCAAGGCAGUCUUGAGUUUCAGGGUAAAGUGACCAUGGUCUAGACAAGAGAAUUCUUAAGAAAAUGUCAGCCAUAGUUGCUGGCAAAACAGCAGGAAAUCUGUUGUCUAGAGAGACCACUGUCACUCAACCCUGAAGCUCAGUGUUGGUCAACUCCAGUAUAUUUGUGUUAUAAAUUUCUUCCUAUGCAUGCUCUGAAAAAAAUUACUUAGCGAGCUUUGUGAAUUACAGCAUGGUGUAUAGGUUACUCUUGAGCAGUGUUGCAACCAGCUUGCUGGCUGGGGAAUUCUGGGAAUUAAAGUCUACAUAUCUUCAAGUUGCCAAGGUUGAGAAAUACUGCCUUUAAUAUGUACUUGGUGUAACAAUUCAGAGAAAAAGGACAGCAUGGUUUCUCUAAUUUGAUCCCUGUUUCCAGAUGCUGCACACUAGAAACAAUGUUUCCCAUAAAAAUAAUGAUCAGAGGGUUAAUUAUAUGGAUUCCCAAGUUAUUGACAAGAUAUGUCACCAGACCAUCCCCAGAUGUUUUUUUACUAGGAUCCCUUUCCUAAAAAAUCUCUGGCCAGGAUUAACUGAUUUGGAACUAAAUCACUGAUAAGAUGUGCUACCAAGGUUUCAUCAGGUGCUAUUGUGUAUACUCACUGUCCUUUCUAUAUAAAAAAGUAGCAAAAGAUCCCACCAAGUUUGAACCUCAUCAAAAUCUAAAAGUCCUAAGAGAGUAUACAGUGCAACUCCUGGUCCAUCUGCUGCCAUUUCUGGCAAGUUGAAGAGAUGUGGAUUGGCAUACAUUUUUCUUUGGAAUACUCUUAAUACUUUUGGCAUUUCACCCUCGUUUUAGCUUAUUUCUCUGAAUUCUAAUUAGUUCCUGGCUAGGGCCAUUGAGGUUGCAACAUAAUGUGUGAACCCAGGCAAUUGGUUUAUUCAAUAAACCGUGUAAGGACUAAUCAUGUGAACUAAUUCAGUAUAUGUUCAUGAAUAAACACUUUCUUAACAUGAUUCAGUUUGAUUCAGAAUCUGGUUGAUAAAAAGAUUUGCUUUUAUUAAAAAUGAAAAUUGCUCCAUUUCAUAGGUACAUCUUAAUUAUUUCAAUAUUUUUUCUAGAUAAAUGUUUACAAUAAUAACUUACAUUAGAGUCACUUUAUGCGUGAUAAGUUACUUCCAUUAGGACUUGGAAAAUACAAACCCUCUGCAUAUUGUUUCUGAUUCUGAGCUCAUUGAUGUGUGCCUGCCAUUUUCUGUAUGUAUCUUAAGGCUUGAAAAAAAAAUUAUUUGGAAAGAGUGUGUCAGAUGUUGGACAGCAGCAUCACCUGUCUGCCCUUUGUCAAACCAGCCUGAUUUUUUUCAAGUCUUCCUGUGAGCUGAAAAAAAAAAUGCAAAUGCGUUGAGAAUUCCUUUGAAGAUUCUUAAUACGUUUUUAAAAGCUGCUUUGGAGAUUUCAAGCUUUAAAACAUUCCUUAAAGCAUCAGCAUUUUCUUUUCCAGAUUUAGACAUAAGCUUGAAAAAAUAGGUUACUCUAAUGAAAGAUGUGAUACUUGAACAGAGUCCGAAACACUUUCUACUUUUGGAAGUGUAUGAUACUUUGUGAAUACAUUUGUAUAAGAAAGUCCGGAUCUAAAAAUGUCUUCUUCUCUGGCAACAAUUGAAGGUACUAUUGUAAUUCACAGAUCAAAGUUUCCUUAGACAUCAUCACUUCUUCCGUAUCUUUUUAUGAGCUCUUGUGUACUACUGAAAAUGUUUGUCAUAAUGCCACCUGCACUUCAGGUUCAGGAAGCAGUUGCUUAACCAGACUUUUAAUUACAGAAACCCCCCUUGUGAGCUUCCAGAGCAUUUUUUUCAUGCAUAACACCUCCUCCUUUAUAAUGGAUUUUGGGAGUCUAGGAAGAUACAGAUCAUUAACUGAAUGAACUCUUUCUCAGUUUUUCUUUUUUCUUACUUCCUCUCUAUCUUGGAUUUUUCUACACGUCUUCAAGAUGAAUGGCAUAAUACACCAAACGUGUUUCAAGCUUGUUCAUCUUUUGCUACGGGACCCAGACAGGAAGUUGGCACUAUCUAUGAACUUUGUACUUACGACAUUAAGCCAGCAAAGGCAAAGGAGUUCCUUGAAUUGGUCAAUAAAUCUAUUAAGAUUCGUAUGGUUCACUCACAAAUGAUUGGAUUCUGGACAGCUGAAUUUGGAGCAAUGAAUAAAGCAUUUCAUAUUUGGAAAUAUGAUAAUUUUGCACACAGAGCAUCUGUAAGGAAGGCUGUAGUCAAUGAUAAAGAAUGGCAGGAAAAACUGGCAACAAUUCUUCCACUUCUGGAUAAGCAGCAUAUGGAAAUUGCUUACAUGGCCCCCUGGUGUGAAUUGGGAACACCACCAAAAGAAGGGGUUUAUGAGUUGGUGACUUAUCAGCUGAAACCAGGUGGACCAGCUUUAUGGGGAAAUUCAUUCAAAGCAGCUAUUGAUGCACAUGUUAGUAAAGGCUAUGCAAAACUGAUUGGCUUUUUCCACACAGAAUAUGGAUUUCUUAAUACAGUUUAUGUACUUUGGUGGUUUGAGAAUCCAGAUAUCCGGGCAACUGGAAGGCAUAUGGCCCAUGAAGAUGCCAGAGUGGUAGCAGCUGGUAAGAUAUUACUGUGUAUCUUGGAAUGCCUAUCACUGCUUUUUUAUAAGUUUGAGAGAGUGUAUUUUAAUUCUUAUUUUCAGUUCGGGAGAAUGUUCAGUUCUUGGAAACCCAGCAAAACAUGCUCCUGAUUCCUGCAUCAUUUUCACCUCUAAAGUAGCUUUAUUCCAGUUGAACGACAGUACAUAAAAAUUAUUUUCUGCAACCCUCAUCUGGCAUUUUUUAUCUACAAAGACAGAUUGGGGGUAGUUUUGAAUAACAGUCAUUAUUUGUGGAAACUCAUGUUAUCCGUCUCAAAUAGAUACUUUUCUAAUCAUCUGCAUAAAAAUAGAUUCAAUUUCUAUUGGUAAAUAAUGACUUAGUACAGAAUAUCAGCACUUAAAUGUUUAGAGCUCAGAAUAAAAAAACGGGGGAUAUGUCUGAAUUAAUAUUUUCCUUCUGGUAUUACACUUAUAGUUAAAUAUCUUAACUUACAAAUGAAGCUAAAAACAAACUAAUUAUAAAAUAUAAUAACCUAAAACUGCUCGUAUGAGUAAUAAAAAGUUGAUGUCACAAUGUUAUUUAAUCAAGAAAUUCUCAUGAUUAAUGUAUAGAUUGCAGUGAGAUCAAGAGAAGGAAAUCUCACUUAUUACAGCUGAAAUGUAUUUAUUUAUUCUUGUAUAUUUGGUGAUGGAUCUGAACUUUUUAUGGUAUUCAUUACUGCACUAUGAUUGAGAUUGUUAAAUGCAAAAUUAAAUAGAUUUUCUGGA